ACACAUUUAUAAUAUUAGUAUGGAUAUUUAAGAUUAUUUAAAGUUAUGAAGCGAAAAUAGUUUAUAUCCAACCUUACCCUCUCCGCGAUUCAGGUAAUGGUUUUGUUGACAAUUUGUGUACCUACGUAAUGUAGUCUCAAAACGAUCACAAAUUUAACUAACAUAAGCUUUAUUUUAAUUCAUGAAAUAACGAAACACUUUCAACGGUAACGAUAUUUUUUAACGUUAUUCAGUUAUUAGUUUUUAUUGUUAUUGCAUUGUUAUGCUGACGCUCCCAGCUCAAUGAGCCGCCAUUUCUAAUCCCAUUCUUUAUCGGCACGGGUUGUACAUAGAUGUAGCCAACAGUAACCAACUAGAUUGUAUAAGAAAAAAAUCUUCAUUUAUAUGCCAUUUGGUAGUUUAAACAUUAACGAUAUAUUAGCAAAUAAAUAAUAUCAAAAAUGUCUUCGGUCAGUUCAAGUACCGCUUCGAUAUCGGAGUUUUUUCGCCCGAUCCGGCCGAAAGGCCUGCGACCAAGAGAUCUGAGUAACACGCGACUCAGUUUAUUGAAGAAAGAAAUACAGACUGAUAUGCAUCUGAUACCGUUAAAACAAUUAUAUGAACAGCUGCAGACAGACCCAAUAAAUGGAUUGACAAAUGCUAGAGCUCGAGAACUGCUUGAAUACUAUGGGCCCAAUACGCUAACACCUGCCAGUGAAUAUGGGUGGCCAAAAGUAUUAAUAAAAUCUCUGUGUACAGGGUUUUCCAUACUAAUCUGGUUGGGAGCACUAAUGUGUUUGGUGGCGUAUCUAAUAGAGUCGUCAUCGAAAGCGAACCCCACAACUGAUAACCUUUAUCUGGGUUGCGUGUUAAUUGCCGUCGACCUCACAUGUGGGCUCUUCAGUUUCUAUCAUAACUAUAAAAGUUCCAAGAUAAUGAAAAUAUUUAACAGCAUGAUACCACCAACCGCGAGCUGUAUUCGAGCAGGGGUGUUAAGUACUGAGACACCUGUGCGUGACAUCGUCAAGGGUGAUAUUGUGAUCGUUCAGGCUGGAGACAUAGUGCCGGCAGACAUACGUAUUAUCGACAGCAAGGGAUUCAAAGUUGAUAAUUCCUCUUUGACUGGUGAAUCAGUGGCAGUAACCAAGAGUAAUACUGAAGGAGUUCCGAACAUUCUUGAAUCGGCAAAUGUUGCUUUUUUCUCGACCCAAUGUGUGGAAGGCUGGGCUUUGGGUGUCGUAUUGUGUUGCGGUGACCUGACGGCGAUGGGUCGCGUGGCCGGGCUGGCUGCGCGGCUAACCCCGGGACCAUCCCCACUGACUCGAGAGUUACACCGCUUCAUGCGGUACAUGUGCGUAUGGGCUUUAGGACUCGGAGUGUUUAUAGCAUCUGCAUGUUUAGCUCUCGGCUAUCCUUUCAUGCAGACUAUCAUAUUCGUGAUCGGGAUGAUUGUCGCCAAUAUUCCUGAAGGUUUACAGCCAACAGUUACGGCUUCACUAACUAUAACUGCCCAGCGAAUGGUGAAAAAGAAUUGCCUGGUAAGAAAUUUAGACGCAAUAGAGGCUCUGGGUGCCUGCUCAAUAAUAUGCUCCGACAAAACUGGCACACUCACGGAGAAUAAGAUGGUCGUACAACAUAUAUGGACUUGGAACAAAGUUUUAUUCGUUAAAGACUCGGAAUUCAAUAGUAAGACGACUGUUAUUAUGCGGUUCAGAAUAAGCACGAUUCCUAAUCAUUUGUUUAAUUUUCUCCGGUUGUUUCUGUUUCCAGCCUACGAAUACUUGAAAAAAUGUGGAGCAUUGUGCAGCAACGCAGACGUUAAGCGUGGCGGUGGAAUUCAUGGCGAUGCGUCCGAGACAGCUAUUUUAAAUUUCCUAUUUCAAUACAAUGACCCAAUUACUGUCAGGAAAAAUAAUCCUAAAGUUGCUGAAAUACCCUUUAACUCGCUGAAUAAGUAUCAAGUCAGUGUGCAUCUCGAUACAUCGUUGGGGCAAUUUAUAGUAAUGAUGAAAGGGGCGCCGGAGAUCAUCUUCGCUCGCUGUUCCACAGUUGCUACUGAUACCAAAGAUAUAACUUUGACAAAAGAUAUGAAGAUAAUGGCUGACUCAGUCAUUGAAAACUUGGCCAGUUCUGGUGAACGAAUCAUGGCCUUUGCUGACCUUCUUCUAAAUGCAAAACAGUUUCCUUUGGAUUUUCGGUUUGACACGGAUGAUGUUAAUUUCCCAGUGGAAAACUUACGCCUACUAGGCGUAAUGGGUAUCAUGGAUCCACCUCGAGAGGAGGUUCAGACAGCAAUAGGGCGUGUGCGCGAGGCUGGCGUAAGAGUGAUCAUGGUGACUGGCGACCACCCAACCACCGCGCGCGCAGUAGCCACCAGAGUCGGAAUAGCCACGAGCCCCAAAUGUCAUGUUGUCACUGGCAACGAACUGAGAAACAUGACCCCUGAUCUAUUAAAUUGGACUCUUGAUAAACAUUAUGAAAUAGUGUUUGCAAGAACUUCUCCCACGCAAAAACUUCAAAUAGUUGAGGCUUGUCAGCGUCAAGGUAGCGUGGUGGCUGUGACCGGGGAUGGCGUUAACGAUGCGCCGGCGCUGAGACGAGCAGACAUUGGGAUUUCUAUGGGCAUCACUGGAUCACAGGUGUCCAAACAAACAGCAGACCUCAUCUUGAUGGACGAUAAUUUUGCUACCAUCGUGACCGGUAUCGAAGAAGGAAGGAGGAUCUUUGACAAUCUUAAGAAAUCUGUCUGUUACAUACUCAUUUCUAACGUACCAGAAAUAGCACCAGUGUUAAUGUUCAUACUGUUUUCUAUACCUUUACCAUUAAGUGUUAUGACCAUAUUAUGCAUAGACUUGGGCACAGACAUGUGGCCGGCUGUGGCGCUGGCUUACGAGCAUGCAGAAUCUGACGUCAUGACCCGAAGUGCUCGCGGCCGUGACCCUCUCGUGUCGUCCAAAAUGUUAAGAUUAGUGUACGGACAUUUAGGUCUCAUAGAAUUUGCUGCUGGCAUGUAUGCUUACUUCAUUGUUAUGGCCGAACACGGCUUUUAUCCUUCAAUUUUAUUUGGCAUAAGACAAAGAUGGGACAACGAGGCUGUCAGUGACCUAACAGACUCUCUGGGUCAGGAGUGGACCUACGAGGAACGCAAAGAGAUUGAGCGAGCUUCACAAGCAGCUUACUUCGUAGCCGUGGUGCUCACGCAAAUGAUGAAUGGCGUCAUCUGCAAGACUAGAUAUAACUCUUUGUUUCACGUCGGAAUGAAGAAUAAAAUUUUAAAUAUGGGACUCGUAUUUGAGCUAGUACUUUCAUGCGCCAUUUGCUAUAUUCCCGGACUCAAUGAUUUCUUCCACACGUACCCUCUUCGCCUAAGAUGGUGGUUCCUGGGAUUGCCAUUCUGUUGCCUCAUGUUCGUCUUCGAUGAAUUCAGAAAGUACUGCAUCAGAAGGAAACUGUUUGGGGGAUGGUAUAACUCUUUAACGCUUUAUUAAUGUUGCUGUAUAGCAAAUAACGCUAAAUACCUACAGUAAUUGUCCAUUACGAUAAAGUUUCCUGUUCUAAAUUAAAGCAAAAUAAUACAUAACUACGCCGUAUCCGCUGAUAACUGUUAUAUUUAGUUAAUGUAUAUCAACAGGUUAUUUAUAACAAGCUCGGUAGGACAAAUGUGUAACGAAUUAAUAAAUAAAACAAUUGAAUCCAGAAAAUAGUAGGUAGUUUACUGAAUUUUAUU